UUCAUCCUUGGCCUCGCGGGCCAAUGCGGCCGAUACCCGGAGUCCCGCUUUCAAGGCACUGCUGUCCCGCGCUGCUCAGGUUUUGUUAUGAUAGGAGAAGCCCUCGGGAUCAACGCGAGGGUCUUCGGCGUGGGCCCUUCCCGGCGUGAGCGCGCGGGCAACGACUCCGAGACGCGGGCACCUCCUCGCGCGCGCGUGUUAUCAGCCGGACGUUGAGGAAUUCGCACGCGUGCCUCGAUCUUCGCGACCCGAUCUAACGACGGCAACAUGUCCCGUCAGUUGACCGGCUGCAUGGGUCCAGACCUCGGUUCGGGUCCGGCUAGCGGCCCCUCGUUGUCACGACCCUAGAGGAGGGAAAACGCCAGACUUCCCCCUUGGGUCACGAUUUCAGAACCGGGGGAAACGUUAUAACGUGAAGUUUGUUUCUCCAGAAACCUCCGGCCCUGGCGCGUGACCUGGUUACCACGAGGAGCGUUUGAUUUGUCCUGCUGCCGUGUCCCGCAGUCGCCCGAGGCGGGGCGGACCGAGGUCGCAGUGAGUGGAUCCGCCUCCACUCGCCCGCGGAGGGAACAGACAUGCCGUCCAACAAGUCGGUGUCCGACGCGCCCAUCACCCAGUUCGUCAGCUGCAGGAUACUGAGAGACCACAGGCUGCAGAGAGAGGACCUGUGGGUGCGUGAAGGGACGAUUUUAGAUCCGGAGAAGUUGUUCUUUGAUGAGCAGGGUUACGCCGACCAGCGUGUUGACUGUGAGGGCGGCAUCGUCGCCCCGGGCUUUAUAGACGUCCAGAUCAACGGAGGAUACGGCGUCGACUUCUCUCAGGCCUCCGAGGACGCCGGCGGCGGGGUUUCCUUUGUGGCUAAAAAGAUCCUGGAGCACGGAGCGACGUCCUUCUGUCCCACUCUGGUCACGUCCCCUCCUGCCGUCUACCACAAGGUGUUGCCUCAGGUCAAAGUUCACAGUGGAGGACAACACGGGGCGGGAGUUCUUGGGUUUCAUCUGGAGGGCCCGUUCAUCAGUGAGGAGAAGAAAGGAGCCCACCCGGAGCGGUACCUCCGCACCUUUCAGUCCGGAGGGAUCGGGGACCUGAUGGAGACCUAUGGCAGCCUGGACAACGUCGCCAUGGUAACACUGGCUCCCGAGCUGCCCGUUAGCCAGUCGGUGGUGAGGGAGCUCUGCCAGAGGGGCAUCACCGUGUCGUUAGGUCACUCAGUGGCCAACCUGUCUCAGGCCGAGGAGGCCGUUCAGAACGGAGCCUCCUUCAUCACUCACCUCUUCAACGCCAUGCUGCCCUUCCACCAUCGGGACCCCGGUAUAGUGGGCCUGCUGACCAGUGAUCAGGUCCCUGCCGGCAGGACAGUCUACUACGGCAUGAUAGCUGACGGGAUCCAUACCAACCCUGCCGCUCUGCGAAUCGCCCACAGAGCUCACCCUUCAGGUUUGGUGCUGGUGACGGAUGCAAUCGCGGCGAUGGGUCUUCCUCCCGGUCGCCACACUCUGGGCCAGCAGGUCAUCGAGAUCCAGGGCCUCCACGCUUACGUGGCAGGCACUAAGACCCUCAGCGGCAGCAUAGCCACAAUGGAUAUGUGUGUGCGGCACUUCAGGCAGGCUUCAGGCUGCAGCAUAGAAGCAGCUCUGGAAGCUGCCUCGCUGCAUCCGGCUCAACUUCUGGGUAUCAGCCACAAGAAGGGAAACCUGGACUACGGCUCAGACGCAGACCUCGUUUUGCUUGACGACGCCCUCAACGUCAAAGCUACCUAUAUUUCUGGAGAGGAGGUUUGGAGGAAAGGACCAUAGAGGACGAAGCAACCGCGCCGAUGGAAACUGGCCCGGCAGCCGGGACCCUCCGUGCCUUCAGGGGACGCCGUUACCCACAGAACCACAAAUCUGUUGAAUGUUUUAACUCACCAGAACACACAGCAGAGUUUGGCUUUGGUUGCUCCACUUUCUCCUUCACGGUUUAAAAGACUGACGUUUAGGUAUUUUUAACCCAAGCUGGAAAACUUAGUACAGAAAUUCCUGUUGCCCCAGAGGAUGAAUCUUAAACUAUUUGGUCACACCCUGACUUUUCAUGUAACAGAGCCAGAAGUCAAAGCUUCCGCUUGUCAGACGCUUCAGUCAAUGACGAAAAAACCUCUGAGCAAGGGACAGAAUUCCUGCCUCGGCUCUACUUCUCAAUAAAUUCAGCUUUCGUUUAGUUUGGUCUGAAAAGCUGAGUAAAGUCGUGCCUGGAUUAGCCUGUUUGGGGGCCCCCCAAGUUCUCAGCUGGACCCCUGUUCCCUCCAAGUUCCCUUCAAAUAGAGCAACACACAGCACACCGUUGCUACUGCACUGGGUUACUAGUCACAGGAAGUACCGUUCGGUUUUCUCUAGGUCAGGUAGUUGGUGGUAAUUUGAUGAAACGAGCUUUUAUUUUGGAAAAUGCACCACGUGAGCAUAAUGUAAUAAAAAUACAGUUCAUAUAGAAAGUAGUGCUCGUUAAAUUUACCGUGAUUCAACAUUAUAAAGCAAUCAGACUUGAAAACAUCCGCGGUGCGGGAAUAAUCUUUAUAGGCCCUUUAAUAAAGGUGUUAGAUUUUGACACAGGACCCCGGUGGUAACAGGAUAUGUCCAAAGAUUACGUAGCAAUGCAGGAUCCAAACGAUAUUUCUCUUUGGUAGUUGUGAUUUCAGCUCAAAGGAAGCAGGAAAACCCGAAUCGAGAACCUGAGGCGUCUGGGGCCCCUGGAGGUCCGGGGCCACAAGGCAGCCACCCACUAGAAUGUACGGCCGAGCCUGACAAUCUGGGUCUUAGUUGUCCCGAACAGGCCACCGUACAGGGGACAAACCCUCAGAUGCAGGUAACGACGUGACUCUUUUCUAGCGCCACCCUCAGGACAAUCUGUACAUUUUUCUGAUGCAUAAGUGAUAAAGACAUAACAAUAGCAAAGUUGUCCACGGUUAUGAAGGGUUCUGCACUUCCUGCGAGAGACAGGCUGUGUUUGCCUGUGUCCGGAUACUCCUCUUAUCGUAUUUUAAUCACGUUAGAUAGAUGCGAUUUAAAGGGAGACGACGUGGCACGAAGCUGGAUAAAUCACCUGUCACCGAAUGUUACUGUAACGUGGUCGUUCCUCUCCUGAGCAAUAACGUUCCCCGUCGUCAUAUCGUGUAGUUUGUGUGUGUGUGUGGGGGGGUUUUCUGUUGUUAGCGUAGUGGAGGACCCCAGACUGCUACUAUCCCUCGAGUCUUUACAGCUCACGGCUCGCUACAGCCAACGCACAGGGACGACACCCGUGUUUUGAAGUAUCACAUCAGCAUUUUUGUAUCACUUAAAAGGGAAGUCACUCUUUUGUGGAACUGCUGACAGCUCAGGCAUCUGGAAUGUAGCAAGGGGCCCCGAAUAGACCGGUUUGUUUUUGUUUUGUAAGAUGUAACAAGCCAAAAGGUUUGGAGACCGCUGGCUUGAUCUUCAACAAAGCGCUGUAUUCUGUAAGCAUGUCAGAUUUUUCUAUGCAAAAUGAGUAAAACGUCCAGUUCUUCCCUGUCACUGUUCUACAUAAAUAAAAUUCGACCUGACUUCCCUCUGAA